CCGAAUACGAGGCUGAAGCGUUUGCAGAUGGCGGUCUGGACAAACAAGCCAUGGCGUGGCAGAUUCAAGAAUCCCUUGCUUUAUUAGAUCAAGAUAAGCAAUCCGUCACUUCUCCUCCCUCGAUAUGCCAAAUCACUGAUAUGCCUAUCGUGACAGCUUAUCCCUUACCUGCAGACAUCUCGAUGUCUACAUCCCUGCAAGUCGUCGACUUCUCAGAGCUGCUUGAGACUUGCACCCCUGAAGAGGUUGAGCUCGAUGUUUGCAGUAUAGGUGAAAUAUUGCCUGACCGUUUGUCAUCUAAUUUUCCACUCGCUUCUUUCUCUUCUACAUUUAUUCCUGAUCCACUAUCCUCUAAUUAUCCAUCUUCAUUUUUUCAUAAUAUUUAUUCUUCUUCUCAAAUAAUUUUUUCUCCAUCUCUUUCAUCACAUGAGCCAUCUCAUGCAUCCUCCUCUAAUUUCGAUGGAUUAUCCUCCCUCCCUCGGUUGGAUUAUCCUUUUUCCGACAUUACCACUUCUGAGGCCUCAAUUUCUGACAAUGUGGAUCAGAGAGAUCUUUCAGCUCCUAUAUCCCUAGGUAUUCCUUUAACUUCUCAACAGUCUUUUGUAUCUUCCGCUAUUGUUUCAACCUCUCUCUCUUCAUAUCCACUUCCUCAGCCUUCUUUCGGUGUUUUCGAUUCGCCUUCUAUUUCGUCUCCCAUCUAUCCUAUGAUUUCCGCCCCAUUAUCCUCCUAUUGUCCUCCUUCCUCUCCUACUUCUUCUUUUCCUUUAUCUCCUACCUCUGUUCCUCUUCCUUUACCUCUCCUUAUCCCUUCUUCUUCUCCUACUUCUAAUUUUACUUCCUCUCUGCCCGUUUCUCAAGACUCUUCAUAUAUUUUUGCUUCUGAAACUCCAUCAUCUCAUUUUCUUCCUGCUUCAGAUUCCCCCUCUUUUUCCUCUGAAUCUUCUAUUCCUCCUGAUGAUCAUAUUCUUCAUUCUCAAGAUCUAUCACCGGGACAACCUACACUUAUUUCAAACUCGGAAAUUGCUUUGAUUUCCAAUUUACCUUCUCCAAUUAAACCUGCACACUCCUUUAACCUUCACACAGCUGAGCAAUCUUUGAUUGAAUCGCCAAUUUCGUUAGAUUUUGAUUUUAAUGUUUCUACUCAAGGA